ACGCACCCACAACGUCCAAACUAUCCUGACUCGUCAACAGUCAAUAUUUGAUGUUGCUCAACUUCAGCCUAACUUGACCGAAUAAAAUCUCCUGCUUUUCCAAAUGAUUCAUUCUGUGGUUUUCUUUUUCAUACAUAUUCACAUUCUGUAUAUCUCACACACUUUGGUCCAUUUCAUUUUCUAGUCCCUCUUUCUUUCACUUGCACACACAAAUUUGAACAAAUACUCACUCACACACACUCUGUGGACACACAGGUGAGUAAACAUUGUGUUGCUGUACUUUGGAGUGGUGGAUUAGUCUUUUUCCCGGCAUCGCUUUGUCGAAAUCAGACGGGGAGCUGACAACAGCAAGAUGUCUAGAGUUUGUAUGCUGGUUUUCGUUGCCGGUUUAUGGCUGGAGAUGCAUGGACUGCUUGCUGAACUCACAGAGGAAAACACAGGAGUGUUCGUGUCCCAGCAGACGGCACACACGGUGCUGCGUCGCCUUCGCAGGUACAACAGCGGCUUCGAAGAAGUUCUUCACAAAGACAACCUGGAGAGGGAGUGUAAAGAGGAAACCUGCUCAUACGAGGAGGCCAGAGAGGUGUUUGAGAAUGAUGAGAAAACUAUGGAAUUCUGGGUCGGCUACAUUGAUGGUGACCAGUGUGACCCACAACCAUGCCAGAAUGGAGGUCAGUGCCAGGAUGGAGUGGGCUCUUACAUCUGCUGGUGCAAACCAAACUUUGGCGGGAAGAACUGUGAGAUCGAAGUGAGCAAGCAGUGUUCAGUCGACAACGGUGGGUGUUCCCAUUUCUGUGUGAUGCAAGUGGACAGAGCUGUGUGUCAAUGUGCUGCUGGUUAUAGACUCGGCACAGACAAGAAGAGCUGUGAACCAACAGCGCCCUUCAGCUGUGGUCGCGUCAUCUUGCCCUCCAGAUCCGUCACCAGGACCUUCUUAAGCCCCCGAUCAUCAAACACAACACGCUCCUUCGAAACCAAACACAAUUCCAGCGACGCCCUUGCAGAUGACUACUAUGAUGAGGAAAUACCACUGUUUUAUGAUUACCUCGACUCCUCUGUGAAUUAUACAGAUGCAUUAAACAUCUCUCAGGCCUCUGCAGUGGAUGUCCAUUCAGUGAAGUCGGAUUCAGACACCUCUGUGAGGAAGGCAAGAAGUGUCACCGAAUCCCCCACGGAGAAGUCGCUGAUGCCAUCCUGGGCUUUCCCCACAAUGUCCACCAUCUUCGCUAAAGAAAAUGAUGACCAGAGGAUUGUGGGAGGCGAUACGGCCAUUCCUGGAGAGAUACCCUGGCAGGUGGCCCUUAUGUCUCACUCAGCCAUCCUUCAGAGAGCUCAGCCGUUCUGUGGAGGAUCUCUGCUCAGUGAAUUAUGGGUCAUCACUGCAGCCCACUGUCUGGUCCAGGCUGAUGUGGCUAAAAAAGGUUUCUUCGUCAGAGCCGGUGAACAUGAUAUAACCGAGCAUGAGGGUCCAGAGCGAGACCAUGUGGUGGCAGAGCAGUAUAUGCACCCUUUGUAUAAUUUUAACAAGUCACCGUAUAACCACGACAUUGCACUACUGAAGCUCGCCACCCCAGUGGAACUGUCCAACCAGCGGACUCCCAUCUGCCUGGGCCCCAAAGCCUUCAUUCAGAGCCUCCUGAGGGAGUCCAGCACCUCCCUGGUGAGCGGCUGGGGACGACUGAAGUUCUUGGGCCUCGAGGCCACCAAGCUCCAGAAGCUGGGGGUCCCCUACGUGGACCGGACCCGGUGCAAGCAGAGCAGCCGGGACCACAUCACACGCUUUAUGUUCUGUGCAGGCUUUUCAAAUGAGCAGAAGGAUUCGUGCCAGGGGGACAGCGGAGGGCCGCACGCCACCUAUUACAAAGGCACUUGGUUCCUGACAGGCAUUGUCAGCUGGGGGGAGGAGUGUGCCAAGGAUGGGAAGUACGGCAUCUACACCCGAAUGUCACAGUACUACCCAUGGAUCAGUAGGACAACAGGCAUCCAAAUAACCAACUGACACAGAGCUGUCAACAGAACGUACAGUACCAGCUGAGCUUAGUCAUUGAAGAAGGGAAAAUCUUUUCUAAAUCGAAUCAAGUGGGGAAAAUGUACAUUUUUAUUUCCAUUUCUGCAAUAGAAUGCAUUCAAAAUAACUUAGUAUUGGCAUGUCUCUGAUGGAAUCUGACAAACAUUACAUCUAAUGUAUCCAUGCAGCGUCCCCCCUGUUCUGCUCCUUACAUUCUGUAAAAAAAUAUCGUAAAAAGUACUCAUUCAGUCAAAUUUGCUGGGCAUCGUUAAGUUCUAUGAUUUCACAGCUGUAAGUUUAUAUAUUUCUCAUGACAGACAUUUUGAUUUGUCCUAUCAGGAAAAUUAUAGAACUAAAAUAAACAAAUCAGUAAGUCGUGGCAGAGGCCCAAAACUACUACAACUAAAUAGGGUGCAAUUACACUUUUUCUCCUUUUUUCGUGUCAAAAACAAUGGUGCAAAACAAGCCUAUCAGACUCACUGUAAGGCACGAAUUAUAAGUACAAUUUUAUCUCUGAAAUGAAUUGUUAGGGAAUUUUGGUGUGACCAGUGAUAGAAAAGUAAACAUUCCUACUUUUGUAAGUGCAGCGACUCGAACAGCGAUAGGUUGUCAUGCAAAGACAGUAGAUGCUAAUCAGGGCCGGAGUGGGACUCAUUUUCAACCCUGGACUUUCAUGCCUCAGUCCGGCCCACUUCAGAUCACGACCUAUUACUAUUAAAGUCAUGUAAUUCUAGCCUUGUCUUGUAAUUCAGUGUGUUUUUCUAAAAUAUUUCCAAUUCAGUGGAAGUAAGGGUUGCUUCACAAUGAGGAUUUAUUUCAACAUGAGUGCACAUCUCCAACAUUAUUCUUUACAACAAUAUCAGAAUCUAUAUAAUGUUCAAAUAAGUGUUCAAGGAUAUCCAAACCUUAAAAAUGAAAUAAAAGAUGAAAUAAAAAUAUUAAAUAUAAAAAAAUAAAAUAAAAGGUGUUGCACUUUCUAAUAACACUAUCAUCUCUUUUUCCUCUGCAAGAAAACAGUUCCAUCACAACUUAAAUUUCACAAAUAUGAGAACAUCAGUUAAAGGGCUAAUCUUAAACACUAUUCUUUACAACAUCACAAUGUCCUUUUCUGCAAUAUCAAAUAUCAAGCAAAUUAGUGUUCACAGAUAUCUAAUCCUCAUGAAUAAAGAAUAAUUAUUG